UCAUUCUACAAAAUAUCUCUGUGUCUCGAAAUAAAUUAAAUAUAAACUCUUUGUUUUUGUUAUAUUUUUUUCAGAAACAAAUAAAAAUCUUUAUUUAAAAUCCAUAUGAAAAACAAUAAUUUUUAAAAAUACAAACAAAUAUGAAGCCUUUGAAAUUAACAUCUGUGCAUUAAAAAAAUAAUAAAAUCACUCUCGAAAAUAGUUGAAAAAAAAAAUAAUAAAAUUUUAACAAUGUCUUCCAAAUUAACUAACGGUAUGCGGUAUUGAAAGCAUCAAUGUCUUGCAGCGGCAGCAUAAAAUUUAUCAAAACAUCUAAACGCGCCCGCAGAUCUCAAAGAAGGCAAAUAAAUCUAAAAGAAAUUUUUAGCUAACAAAAAUUGAUACAAAAAAAAAUAAUUUAUUAUCAGAAAAAAAAAAUAACUUUCGAAAAAUUUUUUAAAAAAUUGAAAACAACAAAAAGUUUAAAAAAUAUAUAAAAAUGAAUCAACCACCGAUUAAUUUUGAAGAUUUAUUUGCUAAUGGCAAUUUUUUGGACGAAAAUCUCAAUGAAAUCAAUGACGACAUUGCUCAUGGAAGUACACCUUCCAUAUGGGUAUUUGGGUAUGGAUCCUUGUGCUGGAAUCCUGGAUUUGAGUACUCAAAGUGCAUUACAGGAUAUAUACGUGGAUUCGUAAGAAGAUUCUGGCAGGGAAAUAUCACACAUCGGGGGACUCCCAAUAAGCCAGGAAGAGUGGCAACACUGAUGGAAGACAAAGAGGGUAUUACAUGGGGCUGUGCAUACAAAAUAACCGGUGAGACUGCUUUAGAUUAUCUCAAACAAAGAGAAUGUACCCUAGGAGGCUAUAUAACUGUCGAUACAAAAUUCUAUCCUCGGGUAGCAUCAUACGAUACAAUAUUCACUGGAGAAGCCAUCCAAGUGGUUGUCUACAUUGCCACCGAUCAAAAUUGCCACUGGAUGGGUGAGAAUUGUCUGAAACAGGUAGCUCGAGAAAUUGUCAAUGCCGAAGGUCCAAGUGGACAUAAUAUCGAAUAUGUUUUGCGAUUGGCCAAAUUUAUGCAUCAAGAAAUUCCCGAUGCUGAAGAUGAGCAUUUGUUUACAUUGGAGAAGUAUGUAAGAGAAUUAAUUGCCGAAAAGGAAAUACCUUUGAUAUCUGUGAUGGGUGUUGACCCGGCGAGAAUACGAAGAGAUUCGCAUGAAGAUAUUAAGAAACCACCAACAUUUGAAUAUACAUCGCGAAUACCUGAAAGAAAGUUGCGCUGCUUGAACAUUUAAACAAAACAGAAAAAAAAAAUAUCUAUAUAUCUGCUGUUUUUGUUUUUUGUUGUUGUAAUUAUUAUCUAAAUACUAAAGAACCAUAACUGUAAUUAUUACAUUUUAGCUUUUGAUAUUUAUUUUGUUGUUUUAAUUUUUAAUACAAAAAAAAAUUAGUUUUUUCGCUGAUAUCGCAUAAGUUUUUUUUUGUAAAUUAAUAAAAAAAAAAAAUAAAAUAUAUCAUACUAACUUUUAUACAAAAAGAAAGAAAGAAUGAAAAGAAGAAGAAAAGAUAUGAAUAAAAAUAAUGAAGAAGACAAUAUUA